UAAAAUCCCAGGAGAGAUAAAUAUGCAUGUGUAUCUUGAUGUAACGUAGAUUGCUACUUUAAGCAUGGAAUAUCCUACUUGCAUUUUAAUUUUUCAUGGUUUUAAAGUGGAGUAUUGACAGUAGAUAUGAAAGAUGGUUUGCAUGUUUUACGGAAUAGCUUGCAUUGAUGACAACUACAUGACAGUGCAAUAGAGUUGACAUCUAUGUGAAACAUGUAAAACUGAACAUAGGACAGAAAAUGCUCCUUCGAGUUUUUUUGCUGUCUUUUUUCGCAUCAUUAGUUGAUUUCGUAUCAGGUUUGGAAGAGCCAACGAAAUGUAUCAUCAUACAGGACAAGCAAGCGCUUAAACUACCCAAGGUUCCAGAAUUUCUUACAAAAAACAAAGACGUCUGUCGUCAUGGAAGCGCUAACUGGCAAGGGCAAGAAAGUUUACAGUGCGGAACCAGUAGAGUAUACAUCAAAUCAGAGUGUGUCUGUACCUAUCAUAAUGUAUGGGAAGCAAUGUACCAUGGACAUACCUCAUGUCCUGCCAACGAGAAAUCAGACAGCGUCCUGCUCCUUAAAUGCUCAGACUGUGAAAAAUAUAGUCUUAAUAAUACGGGUCCGUGUAUAAAUGGAGGAAUUCUGAAUUGUGAAAAUGAUGCAUUGGCGCCAGAUAUUCAAUGUGAUUGUCCAAAUGGUUAUUCUGGGAUGUUUUGUGAGAAUGAAAUGCAGAAGGUGACAAGAGUAUGUGACAGAACGCUAAAUAAAGAUGGUUUACAAAACUGUGAUAGUACUAAAAAGGAAUGCAUUACGUAUAGCGAAAAGAAGCAUUAUAUGUUUAAGUGUGAUGAAAUUUUACCUAUCGGGGAAGAAAAUGAUUUACCCUUAUGUAACAAUACAGAAACAGUUACUGAGACCAAGCACUCUUCAUCGGAAUCUACAGAUUCAACAAUCUCUUUUCUGGAAGACGACGACAAUAAACCAAGCAAAGACUUGACUUCAGGGACUAAUGGAAUGUUAUCCAGUUUAUUGUUAAUAUUUUUAACAAACCAAGGUUUUUAUUUUCUGUUUAAAUCAUAAUUGUAUAUCCUAUUAUUAUAUAUUUUUAUACUUCAUUUUAUAAAAACUAUAUUCUUAUCAUUUACUUUACAUGCAGAAGUGAUUUUAUUAUCAAUCAGUAUUGACAAUUUAUCAUUUUGUACUGUGUAAUAUCAUAGUUUUAUCUAAACUCUGUGAAAGCCGACAUUUCGAGUUUCGAUUUCUAUGCAAAAAAUGACGAUCUCAGUGAAUUUUAAUAUUCAUUGUACAAAAUUCAGUAAUUAAAAAUUUAAAACAUGACGUGUAAAUGGGCUACCCAAAUUGAUUAAAAUCUCAGAACCAGGUCAACUAUUAUCCGCUAUUGAGGUUUGAAAUGUUUUUUAUAAUAAUUUGGACAUGAAAUGUACGAUCAAAGGUCUAAGAAUUGUCAAAAAUUGAUUCCUUUGAACAAAAUAUUUGAAUUAUUUAGUUCACUACUGUUAUGAACAAAAGAGUUCUGUUAAAGUGUGGUACAUGUAAUGAUUUUUUUUUGGUUUCAUUGUGUAUGUGUGUUUUUAGAUUUUUUGAGGUUUUUUUUCUUUAAAAGGCUGUAAAAAGACAUUUCAUGAUGCAAUAAUCAUUUUAAUCAAUUUUAUUACAUGUGUUGCAUGUGCCACUGGUAAACACAAUGCAGUGAAAAGAGUCGAUAAGUAAUCAAAUAUUAAGGUACAAUUUAGUGAAUAACUACAUGACAUUAAAACAUGCAUUAUUUACCUUCUUGCUUGUAUUCCCUUGUCUAUUUAUAUCAUAAGCUCGCAUAUGAAUCAUAUUUUUAUUUUAAAUUCUUGUAAACACCAGACUUUUCUAUGCAAUAUUUUAACUGUGAAAUAUCAUCAUGUGUAUUAGUCAUUGAUUACAUGAAAUGUUCUACGUAUGAUCAGUUUCUAAAACGAGGUAAGCUAUUGACAAACAAAUUGAUAUAACAAGAAUAUCAACAACUUCGUUAAAAGUCUUCAUUUCGUAAUUUCUAUGGUCAAUGCAAUAACUUUGUCAGCAAAUACAAUAUAUCAUUCAGUCAAA